AUGGACGAAAGUUUCAUUGAUUUAAGCAUCAAUUACGAUCAAUCCUCAUCAGUUUUCACCACCUGCAGCAGCAAAUCCAACGCCUCCUUCGAGUUUCCAAUCAUGGAAUCAAACAGUUCCGAUUACGCGAUUCAUCAUCUUCUCACCAAGCUCGAAAGUAAAUCAAUAGAAGAAAGGAAACAAGCAGCAUUAAACAUCAGACUACUUUCCAAGGAUUCAAAUGAUAACCGUCUCAAAAUCGCUAGAUCCGGUGCGAUUCCGUCUCUAAUCACUCUAAUCUCUUCAGAUGAUCGUCAACUUCAAGAGUACGGAGUUACAUCGAUUCUAAAUCUAUCUCUCUGCGACGAAAACAAAAACCUAAUCGUUUCCUCCGGCGCAAUCACGCCUCUAGUUAACGCAUUAAGAAUCGGAACAACAACGGCUAAAGAAAAUGCAUCAUGCGCUUUACUUCGUUUAUCGCAGAUCGAUGAGAAUAAGAUCGAAAUCGGACGAUCUGGAGCAGUUCCAUUACUAGUGAAGCUAUUAAAAGUUGGAGAUAUUCGCGGGAAGAAGGAUUCAUCUACGGCUCUGUAUUCGAUUUGUUCGAUUAAAGAGAACAAAAUCAGAGCAGUUCAAGCAGGUAUAGUUGAAAUACUUAUCGAUCUGAUUGCAGAUUUAGAAUCGAAUAUGGUGGAUAAAGCAGCGUACGUGCUGAAUCAGGUGAUUUCAAUACCGGAAGCGGUUUCAGCGGUGGUUGAGAACGACGGAAUACCGGUUUUAGUUGAGAUGAUUGAGAUCGGAAGUGAUCGGCAAAAGGAAAUCGCGAUGGAGAUUUUGUUGAAGAUUUGUGAAGGAAGUUCUUACCGGAGUUUGGUCGUCCGGGAAGGAGCGAUUCCUCCGGUUGUUGAGUUGACUCAGUGUGGAACCAGUCGGGGUAAACGGAAGGCUCGGACGUUGCUACAGAUUCUCCGGCAAGUAAGAACCGGUUACAUGGCGGCGGAAAUAUCUGACGUGUCAUUUUGAAGGUCAAAGAUGUAAUUACGAUUUUAGGGGAAAAAAUGUG